UCAGCACACCCGAAAGGGCGGUAUUUGGACAAAAGUGUCAGGCUCGAGUGCGUGUGGAGUUGCUAUUGCGUGUGCCUCUGUGGAUUUCCUUCAUGCUGUGCUGAGGGAACAAAGUGAGAUACACUGUUGGAAAAAUUCUCAUCAUCUGACCAUUUUCAUUAUCGACGUUCGCCUGUUUUUUUCCCCGGCUGAGUCAGAAAGAAAUUCUGUGAAAAAUUCAGACGCCACUGAUCGUCGCAUCUUUUGCAAUCGUACCAACAGCCAUGUUCGCCCUCUGGUACUUGUCGUUCGCGAUCGACGAAAUAAGGAAACGUCUUGGAUACCCAUCAAUCUUUGGAGGCGCAAAGACUCCUGUGACAAUCCCUUCGAAGCCUGAAACGCCAAAGCCUGAGGUGAAAAAGGAAGAUGUGAAGCCGAAGGAGCCUGAGAAGAAGACAGAACCUGUGAAGCAGCCUGAACCUGUGAAGAAAGUGGUGCCUGAAAAGAAGCCAGAAGUGCCGAAGAUUGUGCCAAAAUCUCCAGAACCGCCAAAGAACAAUGGACAAUCGAGUCCAGCUGCUAAACAGCCUGAAUCGCCUGAAACCCAGGAGUUGAUGAAGACGUAUGAAAUCCCUGAGAAAGACGAGGGCAAGAAGAAGCCGGAUUCUGUGAAUGGAGCGAGUGGUGUUCGUCAGGUUUCGCCGAAACCCAAAGAAUCACCCAAAGAAUCACCCAAAGAAUCCCCUAAAGAAUCGCCUAAAGAAUCACCAUCAAAAACCCCAUCAAAAUCUCCGAGUCCUGCGAAGAAUGGAAGUCUCGCCAAGGCAAAGUCCGCAAAAGACGCCACGACGGCUUUCCUAGCUGAGGAAUCGUCGAAGCCAGCCGGCAAAAGGAACAAAUCCGACACCAUGGUUGAUGCUGCUACUCUUGAGAAGAUGGAGGCUGGCUUCGCCAAGCUCGCCGCGUCUGACUCCAAGUCUCUGCUGAAGAAGUACUUGACCAAGGAGGUCUUCGACGCCCUCAAGACCAAGAAGACCCCGUCCUUCGGUUCCUCUCUGUUGGACUGCGUCCAAUCUGGAUUUGAGAACCACGACUCUGGUGUCGGUAUCUAUGCUCCUGACGCUGAGGCGUACUCCGUGUUCUCCGAUCUGUUCGAUCCCAUCAUUGAGGACUACCACACGGGCUUCAAGAAGACGGACAAGCACCCGGCGCGCAACUUCGGUGAUGUGGACACCUUCGGCAAUCUCGAUCCCGCCGGCGAGUUCGUGAUCUCCACUCGCGUGCGCUGCGGUCGCUCCAUGGAGGGCUACCCCUUCAACCCCUGCCUCACGGAGGCUCAGUACAAGGAGAUGGAGUCCAAGGUCUCCUCCACCCUGUCUGGCCUCGAGGGUGAGCUCAAGGGCAAGUUCUACCCACUCACUGGCAUGGAGAAGGCCGUGCAGCAGCAGCUCAUCGACGAUCACUUCCUGUUCAAGGAGGGCGAUCGCUUCCUGCAGGCUGCCAACGCUUGCCGCUUCUGGCCAUCUGGUCGUGGCAUCUACCACAACGACGCCAAGACCUUCCUGGUGUGGUGCAAUGAGGAGGAUCACCUGCGCAUCAUUUCCAUGCAGAUGGGCGGUGACUUGGGACAGGUCUACCGUCGCCUCGUAACGGCCGUGAAUGAUAUUGAGAAACGCAUUCCCUUCUCCCACCACGACCGGCUCGGCUUCCUCACGUUCUGCCCCACCAACUUGGGCACCACGAUCCGCGCCUCUGUCCACAUCAAGGUGCCAAAGCUGGCCGCCAACAAGGCCCGCCUCGAGGAGGUCGCCGGCAAGUACAACCUGCAGGUGCGCGGCACCCGUGGCGAGCACACCGAGGCCGAGGGUGGUGUCUACGACAUCUCCAACAAGCGCCGCAUGGGUCUCACGGAGUACGACGCCGUCAAGGAGAUGUAUGACGGCAUCGCCGAGCUCAUCAAGAUCGAGAAGAGCCUGUAAAGACACCCACAAAGCAACCACAAGAUUUUAUUUCAUCUCUUUUUUUUUGCUGAAAAGUCAGGAUAAAACAUGUAUUUCUAUUUGCUACAUUAUUACUUCAUAAUUUGCUGUACACUAACUUUCAACUAAAGAUCGUGGGAUGUUGGAGAGAGGGAAGAAGCGAGAGCAGCAGCUCAACCGUCAUCUUGAGAGCGCUGAACACUCACAUGUUUCUUUCAAAAAAACACUGCGGUAGAUCGAUUUCUUUCUUGUUUCUCGCGACUCCACAACAAAUACUUUGCAGUUGAAACACACGCAAAAGAUACUCCAUAAUGUAGAGUGGAAUAAAGGAAAGAAACAGCAAAUUGUCAUCUUUUCUUUCACGACUUUUCGCUUGUUUGGUGUUUUUCCGCCAGCGGAAUUUAGAUGGUAGGUUAGGCCAGCAACAAGAUUAGUAAGAUAAACCUUUUCGUGUUUCGCCGUAGGUUUUCAUUUCCUUGCGUUUCCCUCGCCGAGGAAAAAUGUGACUUAGAGAGGGCGAAACAUUAGCAAGACAAGCAUUUUAAAAGAGAAUCCCUAGAUAUUUAUUAGGCUUUUAACUUUAGUUAUAUUAAUCUUAUUAAAGAACGAUGAUAAAAGGAUUAAGAUUGAGGACAGCCGUUGGAAUUGGAAUGAAGAAGAAUGCGAAGGAUUAGUUAGACAUCCAGAAGCACGAUCAUGAAGAAGGAAUUAAAAUUCAGAACUGGUUCAAUGUACAGCCAAAAACUGAUAUAAAAUACUUUUAAAUGACUUCAGUCAGUUGUUGAUGAAGAUACUAAAACAAAAUUCUCAAUAAAAUUCUGAAGACAGAAA